CCUGGCCCAGGGAAGCCCAGGCCUGCAUCCACAGGAGAGAGAAGCAUCCUUCUGAAAGGAGUAAGGAAAGCCAGAUCUUUACAGGCGAUGUCCUGGCUGCCUGCGCCCCAGGAGCCCCUGCUCCGCGUGGCUGUGACUGGGGGCACCCACGGCAAUGAGCUGUGUGGCGUGUUCCUGGCCCGGCACUGGCUGCGGUGCCCCGAGGAGCUGAGGCGACCCAGCUUCUCCGCCAUCCCCAUCCUCGCCAACCCCGAGGCCUCAGUCAUCUGCCGCCGCUAUGUGCACAAAGACCUCAACCGCAGCUUCACUAGCACCUUCCUCAACUCCAAGGCCACCCCGGAUGAUCCAUAUGAGGUGACAAGGGCCCGAGAGCUGAACCAGUGGUUGGGGCCCAAAGCCUCGGGCCAGGCCUUCGACUUCACCCUGGACCUGCACAACACCACCGCCAACAUGGGAGCCUGCAUCAUAACGAAGGCCAACUGCAGUGUCUUUGUCAUGCACAUGUGCCGCUACCUGCAGCUACAGAGCCUGGAGCUGCCUUGCCGGGUUUUUCUGUUCCAGCCUUCUGGGGAGACCUUCAGUCUGGACUCAGUGGCUAAGAUUGGAAUGGCUCUGGAGCUGGGCCCCCAGCCUCAGGGCGUGCUGAGGGCAGACAGAUUCUCUCAGAUGAGAGCCCUGGUAGCCUCCAGUCUGGACUUCAUCGAACUCUUCAACCAAGGCACUGCCUUUCCUGCCUUUGAAAUGGAAGUCUACAAGAAUUUUGGUGAGGAGGACUUCCCUCGCACUGAGGCUGGGGACUUAGCUGGCAUGGUGCACCCCCAGUUGCAGGACCGAGACUUUGAGCCGCUCCAGCCCGGUGCACCCAUCUUUCAGUUGUUCAGUGGGGAGGAUGUGCUGUACCAGGGAGACCGUACUAUGUACCCCAUAUUUAUCAACGAGGCCGCCUACUAUAAGACACACAAAGCCUUUAUAAAGACUGAGAAAAUCAUGACCUCUGUGCCCGCCCUGCCACCCCUGCCCUCUGCCCUCACCCAUUCUCUCUAACCCAACCCAUAUGAGGCCCAGCUCAAAGACAGAGCCCCCCGCCCCUCCCCCCAUGCAAUGGCCAGAGAGCCAGGAUUGCUGUCCACUGUCCUGUGCGUGCCCGGAGGAAGGGAGGGCUGACCACAGGAUCUGGGAUAGGUCUAGAACUGUUGUGUGUGUGAGGAAGACCUGGAGAGGGGGGCUCACAAUCCCUAGGAAACCCGAGUCCCCCUGUAGUCCUGGACCUGGAGGGGGACAAAUAAAGGCACCUGUGUGUGCGCA